AAAAUUAACUGUCAAUGUGACAUUCAGGUUCAACAGGACUUGCUAUGCUUUCUCUGGUGUUACUCCAGAAGACAGACUAUGGUAUCCACAGAAUCCCUUCAGAAGGCCACCAUAUUUCCCAGAGCCCAGACUACUCGAUGGAAGAAAGACAGGAGGUCCCAUCUUGUCCCCUUCUGCAUCCUGCUGCCCAAAUGGCCUCCUCCAGUAAAUCCACUCACUCUCAGUCUCAUCCAUCCUCCCUUGCCUUCAUACCCACUUGGAGAAAUUCUACUGACACAAGGAAUACUCACAGGGUUAAUCCUCCUGACACCAAGUCACACUUUAACUCAUUGUCUUCAGGACAAAGAUUAAAAGCUGCCUACGUAAGAGUCAGGGCUCCAGCAGACCCUGAAAGCUGAGCUGUCCAGACCCCCGAAGUGAAGAAAAGAGGCGAGGGCAAGGGAGGGCCAGAACCGAGGGAGAGAGAAAGGAGGGGCAGCCCACCAGCCCGCUGUCCUGCCACAGAACCGGCUCAGCUCCAGCUCCAGGAGUCACUCAGCUGCAGAGGCAGUGGCAGCCCCACUCCUCAGGCAAAGGGCAGCAGACAGACAGACAGAGGUCCUAGGACUGGAGGUCCUCAGUCAUUGACCACUCAGCCUGGCCCAGCCCCAUGGCCUUCAAUGACCUCCUGAAACAGGUGGGGGGCGUCGGACGCUUCCAGUUGAUCCAGGUCACCAUGGUGGUUGCUCCCCUACUGCUGAUGGCUUCCCACAACACCUUGCAGAACUUCACUGCCGCUAUCCCCCCUCAUCACUGCCGCCCACCUGCCAAUGCCAAUCUCAGCAAAGAUGGAGGUCUGGAGGCCUGGCUGCCCCUGGACAAGCAAGGACAACCCGAAUCUUGCCUCCGCUUUACUUCCCCCCAGUGGGGACCACCCUUUUACAAUGGCACAGAAGCCAAUGGCACCAGAGUCACAGAGCCCUGCAUUGAUGGCUGGGUCUAUGACAACAGCACCUUCCCUUCAACCAUCGUGACUGAGUGGAACCUUGUGUGCUCUCAUCGGGCUUUCCGCCAGCUGGCCCAGUCCCUGUACAUGGUGGGAGUGCUGCUGGGAGCCAUGGUGUUUGGCUACCUGGCGGACAGGCUGGGCCGCCGGAAGGUGCUGAUCUUGAACUACCUGCAGACAGCUGUGUCGGGAACCUGUGCAGCCUAUGCACCCAACUAUACUGUCUACUGCGUUUUCCGGCUCCUCUCGGGCAUGUCUUUGGCUAGCAUUGCAAUCAACUGCAUGACACUAAAUGUGGAAUGGAUGCCUAUCCACACCCGUGCCUAUGUGGGCACCUUGAUUGGCUAUGUCUACAGCCUGGGCCAGUUCCUCCUGGCUGGCAUCGCCUAUGCUGUGCCCCACUGGCGCCACCUGCAGCUUGUGGUCUCUGUGCCUUUUUUCAUUGCCUUCAUCUACUCUUGGUUCUUCAUUGAGUCAGCCCGCUGGUACUCCUCCUCAGGAAGGCUGGACCUCACCCUCCGAGCCCUGCAGAGAGUGGCCCGGAUCAAUGGGAAACAAGAAGAAGGGGCUAAGCUAAGUAUAGAGGUGCUCCGGACCAGCCUGCAGAAGGAACUGACUCUAAGCAAAGGCCAAGCCUCAGCCAUGGAGCUGCUGCGCUGCCCCACCCUUCGACACCUCUUCCUCUGUCUCUCCAUGCUGUGGUUUGCCACUAGCUUUGCCUACUACGGGCUGGUCAUGGACCUGCAGGGCUUUGGGGUCAGCAUGUACCUUAUCCAGGUGAUUUUCGGUGCCGUGGACCUGCCUGCCAAGUUUGUAUGCUUCCUAGUCAUCAACUCCAUGGGGCGCCGGCCUGCACAGAUGGCCUCCCUGCUGCUGGCAGGCAUCUGCAUCCUGGUGAAUGGCAUAAUACCGAAGAGCCAUACGAUCAUUCGCACCUCCCUGGCUGUGCUAGGGAAGGGCUGCCUGGCUUCCUCUUUCAACUGCAUCUUCCUGUACACCGGAGAGCUGUACCCCACAGUGAUUCGUGCUGUCACUGCCCUGCUGCCAGAGACCUUGGGCCAGCCGCUGCCAGAUACAGUGCAGGACCUGAAGAGCAGGAGCAGAGGAAAGCAGAAUCAACAGCAGCAGGAACAGCAGAAGCAGAUGAUGCCGCUCCAGGCCUCAACACAAGAGAAGAAUGGACUUUGAGAACGGAAGGGCUUCACACAGCACUAAAGGGAGUGGAGUUCUACAGGUCCUGCCGUCUACAUGAGGAGGGGGAGUGAGUAGAGGGACUGGACCAUCCAAAUGUGGAGGCUGCCAUUCAGAGAAAUCCCUCCCCAAAGGUCAUGUCAGUAGACCCACUAGGAACAAAAGCUCUGACUAUGUGCAGCUUCUUAAGCAGAAUGUUCUCGGCACCGGCCAUCUUCCUGCUCAUGGUCACUCCGCCACCUCCAGGACCUUGCAAAGAAUCUCAGACAAUUAAAUGAAUCUCUUCUA